AUGGCGAACAGCAGCGCUGAAUAUCAUCCACCGGCCCGGAAGACGGCCAUAUCGCCCAGCAUCUCCUCUUUGCUCCAGCGUGAGCCGUCUCAACAGGAACUGGAGGUCGCAAGGCAUCUCGUCGAGCACUCUCAAAGCGCACAGCCACCGCCGCCACCACCGCAGGAGCCUCAAACGUCGAGAGAUGCCAUGUUGAGCAUUCAGCAAAUGACUGACCAGCAAAGCGCUGCGUCUUCUUACCAAGACUAUCGCGAGUCCAAUGGCAGCCCGAGACCUCACGCCCAGUCACCGGCACCUUCCACUGUUCCUAUCUCCACCACGAACGCGCGGCGAUCGCCCACCGUCAGUAAUGUCCCCGCCGGUCAACAAUGCAGGUACGUGAUGUUCGUGGUCGUUUUCGCUGACUCAGCUAACCUUCCCUCAGCAACUGUGGAACUACGAAGACACCACUUUGGAGGCGCUCGCCCGCAGGCGCCGUGAUCUGUAAUGCUUGCGGUCUCUACUACAAGGCACGCAACCAGAUGCGGCCUGUUGGACUUAAGCGUGGGUCUGCCUCCACCACCACUACACACCCUUCCCAGGGUCAACGUCACGACAGAGGCACUCCCGCGAGCAUUCAAGGCGGUGCUACCUAUGUCUCGGCGGAUCAGAGUGUCAAUGGAACAUGUCCUGGUGGAGGACGGUGUAACGGAACAGGUGGGCAGGAAGCUUGCAAUGGAUGUCCGGCGUACAACAACCGUAUCUCCAAGACUGCACAGGUAGCGCUUCGUGGUCCGGGCACCGAGCAAGGAGACGCUGGCUCGGCGCAGAUGCAGCUUCUCCGGAAUCCACCCGACCAAGGCGCCACGAACGUCGUGGUUGCGUGCCAAAAUUGUGGGACUACUAUCACUCCUCUCUGGAGACGGGACGAAGCUGGACAUACCAUUUGCAAUGCGUGUGGACUCUACUACAAACUUCACGGUACUCAUCGGCCGGUGCAGAUGAAGAAGUCGGAGAUCAAGCGCCGGAAACGUGUGGUGCCCGCACCAACGAACCAGGAAGGAGGAUAUAGCGAUGCCAUGAGUGAUGGCUCUGUACACUCCGAACAACGGGCAUCAGUGCCGCCGUCGGUCGUCGCAACUCCUCUCAUGGACCGUCCUUCUGAAGGCAGCCCAUUCAUCACUCAACCAGAAACCAGCCGACUAGGACCUGUACCGGUUGACUUCACCGACUCUUUUCGGAAUCGGGACGAUACUCGAAAACGCUCGUUCUCGAUAAGUGCUGCCGACGAGCGCGAACCAUAUCCACAUCCUCAGAAUGUAACGUCAACACCAAAUGCAUCCAAUAUCGACCCAUCCUUACCGGGACGUGGAUCAGAAGCUAGCAAUACCAAAGAGAAUCGGAGGACUGAGCUACGACGGGAAGCAGAGAGGAUGCGGCAACUUCUACUAGAGAAGGAAAGGGAACUUGCUGAGCUGGGGGAAGAGGGAUAA